ACUAGAACUCAUCGGAGGAUGCCGCACUUACAGAACGCCGAGCGGGAUUUUCCCAUGCACUGGGCCUUGAAUCCCAUUCGUAUCUCUAGAAGUCUCUCCGCAAAUACUCUUUCUCUAUAUAGAAAAAUCUCGCGCAAUAUGUGGCGCUACUGCACGCAAUUCUGUCACAGUCCAAAGUUUCAGCGUUAUGUGAGAUUCCUCGAGUCCAGUCUCUGCCAGUUCUAAAGAGCAAUGCGCCAAGGAAAUGCGCAGCUGCCUCUGAUUUGCAAUCUUCGCACGUAGACGAUGCCAAAAUGUGUUAGUUGAAUUCAUUAUAGCGAAGCUCAAAGAGACGGC